AUGUCUCUGCUGGAGUUUCCUCCGUUGAACUCUGCUGGAAGACCGUAUGCCAUACAAGAAUCGAAUGGUCGCAUCAUCACAGGAAAUGUCGACGAGUUCCGAGCUGUUUCCAAAUGCGAGGCUAUGGCUGACUAUCCAUUUGUUGAGCGAGCGCAACUCAGCAGCCUUCAGCAUUCCAUAUCAAAGAGUGAUGUCGCAGACGCUUUUGUUUUUAAAGAAGCAGAUCGUUUCAAGCAAGCAAUGGAUAGAUGGGAAAAAGACGGGAUAACAGGCGUGAUCGAUCAUGUUGCACACAUUACCGAAGAUACCAGGCUUUGGCCGUUAGCCAGACUCAGUAGAGGUGUUUUGCGAGUACGUAAUGGGGUGGCGAAUGUUGCUGCGAAGGUUCUUCCAUCGAUGGGACAAGAUCGAAUCGAAGAACUCCUUCAGCACUACGUAACAACUUUGAAUUGGAGGAACAAUUGGCUUCGCUGUGUGGCCGUACACGAUGAGGGCCGACGUAUAGCGAUUUGUCAAGCGAAUAACUACAUAAGGAUCUACAAAAUCGGACGAAGUCAGAAAACGCCGUUGACCUUGAAACACCCAUUGCAAACCAAUGUUGCUUCGAUGGCUUGGGAGCCUUUCGACCAGCGAGUUCUUGCAGUCGCUGCUAACAAUAAAAUUUUGAUCUGGAGGCUGACUAUGAAAGCGGCCAACAUCAAACCUUCUGUACAUUGUGCUCAAGUGAUUGAGUUACCAUUUGAACCCAUAAGUCAGCUUGUUUGGGACCGUACUACGACUAAUGUGCUUUUUGCUGUAUCUCCUAAUAGCAAUAAGAUCAUGAUCGUUGACAUAUCCACCGGAGAUGUUGAUUCUUUUGGUGCUUGGACUGGUGGAAAUGUAACCCAAAUAGUUCCAAAUGCAGAUGGUCGUCGUCUUGCUGUUCUCUAUACUGGUAACCUUAUAAGGGUGUAUGACCGAAGUUGCUGGCGAGAAGAGCGAUGGGGUUCUCUAGCAGGGCGAGCCGUUAGUGCUGUGUGGUCACCUGCGGGAGACUUCCUGCUCUUCGCAACAGAACACAGCGGUCAACUCUACACUCUGAAUUUCUCUGCUAAGAAGGUCAUCAAUGACGAUAAGAUCCCAGAAACGCGUUGGGUGGGUGACUCUCAUGCCAUACCAGUGUUCGACCUAUCGCCGGUUGAGUUUGAUCCUUCUGAACUUGAGAUUCAAGGCGCCGUGGAAAGGGAGAUAGUGACGAUUGGUGGAAAGGUACAGUCUCUAACACUGAGCCCUGACGGCCAAAGGUUGUCCGUAAACUUUGCUGAGAAUACAUCUGUUAUUGCCAUCUUUAUAGUCGACUGGUUUCCUACAGUUCGAUUAACUCCAAGUGGCUUCGUCGAAGCUCCGCUUUAUGGAAAUGCAUCCAUCAUCACUUUCUUGCCAAAAUUUGAUGGCGGCUCUCUUCUGACUAUCGUCUGGUCAGGUGGCACCAUACAGUAUCUCCCAAUGUUGUACGGUCACAACUCGUCGUCCCACAUGAAUUCUCGCACAAUACUCGAAGAAAUCAGUGGAAGAACUAGCGCAGCCAAUCGAAUCAUGAGUGAUUCUUUGCGCUCCUCUGAGUUACCUAGCGGGGUCAUGGACAAGACGGAAAACGACGAAAUAGUGUUGUUUACCGAGAAAAUCCUAGCAGAAAAAUCUGCGGCAGAAAAACCUGUGGAGGCCAAUUAA